GCCCAAACCAGCGGACCACGCGAGGAGAAAGCACAAACACUUGGACCCUCAAGCGCGGACGCGCUUUUAUUCUCGUUGACUCUUUUCUCUCUUUUCUGCCCACAAUCUUCUUUCAUAAAGGAAGAAGGCAAAAGAGCUAUGGCGUCCAAUGGACCAGACGAUGAUGCCCCCACACCGUCAGCAGCAACAGGACGAUCAGCUCCGCCAGCCAAGGUCCCCUCCGAAAAGGAGCUCGCCCGCAAAAUCCGGAAGCGCGAGCUCGACCGCCGGGCACAGAGGCAGGCUCGCGAGCGCACCCGUAACCGCAUCGCCGAGCUCGAGGCCCAGGUCAAGGAGCUCCGAAAGGAUGACUCGACGAGGCUGUCGGCCGCCAUGGAGCAGCUGGCCGCCGUCACGCGCGAGCGGGACGGCCUGUUCGACACCUUCAAGUCCAUCGAGCAGACGAUCCGCGACCAUGUGCUGCCGAGCCGUCCAACCCCAGCGACACAGCAACGCUCGCCGCCUCCCACCGUGACAGCGUCAACAUCCCUGCCGCGAGCAGGCUCAGCAGCCUCUCGGGAUGCGACUAUGCUUACGGAGCUCUCGGCGCCAACCUACACCGCACCCAUGGGCCUACUGCCCGAAACCCCCACCGCCCUCGACGUCCACGGUUUCCACGGUAGUGUCAAUGGCGCCGUCGUCGGCAGGGUGCCGAACGGGUUCCCGGCAUCCAGCGUACACGCGCCCAGCGUCCACGCACCUAGCUCCACGUCGGACAGCCAGGACUUUGUCGACGACGAGGACGACAACGGGGACGAUGCCCUAGACGAUCCCAAUCUCAUAGUGCCACCACCCGAGGCGCACUGCGACUGCGUCACUGUCCGGACCCCAGCAGGCCCAGCGUCCCCGAAAGUGAAUGUGUGGCGGGCUGUUAACCAGGUCUUGGCGAAGCGGUGUCGCAUAUCGAAGGAAGCUCACGCGAUCGAGGACUCCAACGACGAGGACAUUCCCGUGCGGGUACUACUCGAAGGCUGGGAUGCCGUCGCGAAGACCCGGCCAUUGUCUAAGUUGUGGAGAAAGCUCCGCAGGGUCGACGAGUUGUGCUUCAUGACUUGCCCACCGACAGAACGGCUGGCGAUCCUUCGAACCAUGCACUUGCUGCUGCAGUAUCACUCCGAUCCCACCCCGGAACGCUAUGCCAAGCUGCCCACCUGGUACCUGAAGAGACCAUCACAGGCGAUGCCACAUUCUUAUGCCAUCGACUUCUUUGUCUGGCCAGGUGUUCGGGAACGGUUCGUUUUCGGACAACACCACUACUGCAACAACCAGUUCUGGGAGCUCUUCGGCCCCAACUUCCACCUCCUCUGGCCCUAUGAGUUCCGCGACGCGUACAAAAAGAGCGUCGUCACAGGCCAGUACCAAAUUUCGCCCAUGUUCGAGCAGAGAAUAUCGGACAUCAACGCCUGGACAAUGGGUAUGGACUUCUUCACACGCUUCCCCGAGCUCAUUGCCCAUAUUCCGGCAUUCCACUCCGUCGCCCAGGCCCUGACGCCCGCCGUCACGUCACCGCCCCCGCUUCACCACCAAGCCCUGCCUCAACAGGCAUCUCUUUCGCAGCUAAAGGAGCGUGACGAACGUCUUCUUCUCGAGCAGCAGGCCUCAGCCGCGGCAGAGGAGCAGCAACACCAGCAACACCAGCAGCAGCAGCAACAACAGCAGGCCAACCAGGACGCUAUGGACUGCUCUCAGGCCAUGCAGGUGUACCCGGGGAGCCUUUACAGCAUGGCACCUCCCGGCUUCAUGGACGAAUUCAUCCCGCAGGGCUAUGAUGCGCACGGCCCGGCUGGGACGUAUGGCUCGAUGCCUGGGUACUUUUGA